CGCGGUUUCCUCGGUCACGUGGUGUCUGAAUUUUCGCGCGGUUUAUAUAGUUUGUUGCAGCCAGCAUUUAAGUUUCUUCGGAUUUUCAACGAAUUAUCGGUCGUCUAAUUACUUCAUUUGGAUCCUAUUCUUGUAUCUGACUAAAUAAUAUUCUCCUGUCAAGCCGAUAAAGAUAAAUUAUGUCUUCACCUACCAGUACCCCUGGAUCGCAACGGAGCAGGAGGGGUCGAAGCCAGGAACCUAACAGCCCUGAGGAGGGGAUGGCAACUCCUUCAAGGUCGCCCAACCACAAUGUUGCCACACCCAAAAGCGGGCAGAAGCGGAAGCCGGAUGAUGAAACCCCACGUUCCGUUCGGAGACGUCGUCUGGAUGCAUCCCCUGCUGAGGACCUGAUUCCCCUUCCUUCGUCUUCUUCACCACAUCCGGCUGCUGGAAAUGCUGGCGGUGAACCCGAUAUAUCUUUCACAUCAAGUCCUGCCAAUAUUCGAACAGGCGGCUUAAAUACUAGUGAACUGGACUUGAGCUCUCCCCUGAACUAUGGUACCCCAGCCACCCCUAAGACGCCUGGACUUGGAAGUACCCCAAUACGUCAUCGGUCAGACAUUCGAAGUGACCGCAGAAUGAAGCAAGUGGACAUUGGUGGUUCUGAUGCUGUGGACGGUGGAGUCCCCAGCAGUGAAAUCAGUGCCGAUGGCCCCCAGUUGGUGAUAUGGGGCACGGAUGUUGUUGUAAACCAAUGCAAGGAGAAGUUUAAGCGUUUUGUGUGUCGCUACAUGGAUGAGGUUGUUGCUGAAGAUGAGGUCUUCGAAGGAAUUGACCCGAAAAAGCCAUAUUAUUUGCAACGACUAGAAGAGAUCGGUGUGUCCGGUGACCCAUUCCUGUGCAUCAACUGCGCUCACCUCAAGAAAUUCGACGCAGACCUCUACCGACAGCUGAUCUGCUACCCCCAGGAAGUGGUGCCGACCUUUGACAUGGCCAUCAACGAGAUGUUCUUUGGAUUCCCAGACACCACUCUGGAACACCAGAUCCAGGUCCGACCAUACAAUGCGGAAAAGACGAAGAAUAUGAGGUCAUUGAACCCAGAAGAUAUCGACCUGUUGGUCACCAUAUCCGGCAUGGUGAUCCGUCUGUCUUCGCUGAUCCCGGAAAUGAGGGAAGCCUUCUUCAAAUGCUACGUCUGCGGAAAUAGUGUCUCCGUUGAGAUUGACCGGGGUCGUAUUGCGGAACCCAACCUCUGCACCAACUGCAACACAAACCAUUCCUACGCCCUGGUGCACAACCGGUCACAUUUCUCGGACAAACAGAUGAUCAAGCUUCAAGAAUCUCCAGAGGACAUGCCACCGGGUCAGACGCCGCACACCAUAUUACUCUACGCUCACAACGACCUCAUCGACAAAGUCCAACCUGGGGAUCGCAUCACGGUGACCGGCAUCUACCGUGCCACGCCAUUCCGGGUCAACCCACGUCAGCGCAACGUCAAGGCCGUCUACAAGACGCACAUAGAUAUUGUCCACUUUCGAACCGUCGACACCAAAAGACUGCACAUGGACAGGGAUGACGGCAGAGAUAAAAGUAAAUUCAGGAUGAGUCCUGGCAGGAUUGAAGAAUUGAAGAAACUCUCCGAAACCCCUGAUAUUUAUGAGCGUUUGGCCAAAGCCAUCGCUCCAAGUAUUUAUGAGAAUGAAGACAUCAAGAAAGGAAUAUUGAUGCAGUUAUUUGGUGGUGCCAAAAAAGACUUCACAAACACUGGCCGUGGCAAAUUCAGGUCUGAAGUGAAUGUCCUUCUGUGUGGUGACCCAGGCACAAGCAAGUCUCAGCUGUUGCAGUAUGUACACAAUUUGGUCCCUCGGGGACAGUACACGUCCGGAAAAGGAUCCAGUGCUGUUGGUCUUACUGCUUACAUCACUCGGGACCCAGAGACCAGGCAGUUGGUGUUGCAGACGGGUGCUUUAGUCCUCAGUGAUAACGGUGUCUGCUGUAUUGAUGAAUUUGAUAAAAUGAAUGAAAGUACCAGGUCCAUUCUUCACGAGGUUAUGGAACAACAAACGCUAUCCAUUGCCAAAGCUGGCGUUAUCUGUUCCCUAAAUGCCCGGACAUCGAUCCUUGCUGCCGCCAAUCCCGUGGAAUCUCAAUGGAACAAGAAUAAGACCAUAACUGAAAACAUUAUGUUACCUCACACCCUGCUCUCCAGAUUCGACCUCAUCUUCCUUCUCCUUGACCCUCAAGACGAGAUGUUUGACCGGCGCCUCGCUGCCCACUUGGUCUCCCUCUACUUCCAGAGUAAAGAAGACGCUGAAGGAGAAAUUAUGGAUAUGAGCGUUUUACGCGACUACAUCGCUUAUGCCAAGAGCUACAUUGAACCAAAGAUUAGCGAGGAGGCUGGUCAGGCCUUCAUCCAAGCCUACGUGGACAUGCGCAAAGUGGGGAGCUGCCGUGGCCAGGUAUCGGCGUACCCACGGCAACUGGAGUCUCUCAUCCGAUUGGCCGAGGCCCAUGCGAAAAUGAGGUUCUCAAACGUCGUGGAAGUCCCCGAUGUCGAAGAAGGAAAGAGGUUGUACAAAGAGGCUUUGAAACAAGCAGCAGUGGACCCGUCGACAGGGAAGAUAGACGUCACCAUCCUAACAACUGGAAUCAGUGGGGCAGCGCGGAAGAGGAGGGCCGAGAUCAAACAGAGCCUGAAGAAGCACAUCAAAGAAAAGGGGAAGGCGCCAACCUUGCAGUACCAGAAACUGCUGGAAGCAUUCCGAGAGGAAUCAGAUUCCCCCAUCACCAGAGAACUAUUUGACGAUGCCCUCAGAGAUCUACAAGACGAAGACUUCCUGGUCGUCACAAACCGCCUCAUCCGUCUUUGCCAGUAACAGACAUCCAUUCCCAGACAUUGUUCUUCUUGGGGCAUUCCGGAAGGUUCUUUAUUCGCAUGUAAAACGGUGAACUCGAUAAUAGUGAUUUUCUGUGAUUAACGAUCGACUGGUUGUUAAAUGAGCAAAAAAAGAAAAAUGUUCUGAUAAAAAAAAAAAAAAUUCAUUCCCUUUAUUUGUGUAUGUCCUGUCAAAAAAACCCAUUAUUUCAUGUCCUGGGUAAGUCAAACUUAAUUUUUUUAUCUAUGUCCAGAUAAAAAAAAU